AAAAUUGUAUCACUACAGUUCUUGUAAUCGUGCUGUGAACAUUAUUUAGUUUAACAAGAGAAAGAGUGGUUCGCAAGAGUGUCUACAAGUCGUAGCUUAACAUUUUCUGUGAAAACUAGAAGCUACGCUGAUCCUGUCUCUUCCUUGAAGGAGCAAACCACACGCAGAAAUACACACACAAUUAAUUUAUUUGUAAUUUAGGAUUUUUUAUAUUUAAUAAACCAAAUAUAUCAACAUGUGUGACGAAGAAGUUGCCGCCCUCGUUGUCGACAAUGGAUCCGGUAUGUGCAAGGCCGGUUUCGCCGGAGACGAUGCCCCACGGGCCGUCUUCCCGUCCAUCGUCGGUCGCCCCCGUCAUCAGGGUGUGAUGGUCGGUAUGGGACAGAAGGACUCGUACGUCGGUGACGAAGCCCAGAGCAAGCGAGGUAUCCUGACCCUGAAGUACCCGAUCGAGCACGGUAUCGUCACGAACUGGGACGAUAUGGAGAAGAUCUGGCAUCACACCUUCUACAAUGAGCUGCGUGUUGCCCCCGAGGAGCACCCAGUCCUGCUGACAGAGGCCCCCCUGAACCCGAAGGCUAACCGUGAGAAGAUGACACAGAUCAUGUUCGAAACCUUCAACACACCGGCCAUGUACGUCGCCAUCCAGGCCGUGCUGUCGCUGUAUGCCUCCGGUCGUACCACCGGUAUUGUGCUGGAUUCCGGCGAUGGUGUCUCGCACACAGUCCCCAUCUAUGAAGGUUAUGCCCUGCCACACGCUAUCCUGCGUCUGGAUUUGGCCGGUCGCGAUCUGACCGACUAUCUGAUGAAGAUCCUGACCGAACGUGGCUACUCGUUCACCACCACUGCCGAGCGUGAAAUCGUUCGUGACAUCAAGGAAAAGCUCUGCUACGUCGCCCUGGACUUUGAGCAGGAAAUGGCCACCGCUGCUUCGUCCUCCUCGCUGGAGAAAUCCUACGAACUACCCGACGGACAGGUCAUCACCAUCGGAAACGAACGCUUCCGUUGCCCGGAGGCUCUCUUCCAGCCAUCAUUCCUGGGUAUGGAAGCCUGCGGUAUCCACGAGACCACCUACAACUCGAUCAUGAAGUGCGACGUCGAUAUCCGAAAGGAUCUGUAUGCCAACACAGUAUUAUCCGGCGGUACCACCAUGUACCCAGGCAUUGCCGACCGUAUGCAGAAGGAAAUCACCGCCCUCGCCCCAUCGACGAUGAAGAUCAAGAUCAUUGCCCCACCAGAGCGCAAAUACUCCGUCUGGAUCGGUGGUUCCAUCCUGGCCUCGCUGUCCACCUUCCAGCAGAUGUGGAUCUCCAAGCAGGAAUACGACGAGUCCGGCCCAUCCAUUGUCCACAGAAAGUGCUUCUAAGCAUCUUCUUAUCUUAUUAUUACUAAUUAUAACACACUCUUCAACCAACAACAACAAGAACAACAAUGAGAAACCAACAGCAACAGCAGCAUCAACAACAACAACAACAACAGCGCAAAGUAAUGAUGAGAGAAAACGCGAAAUAAGAGAGAGAUUACAAGAACAACAACAACUACAAUUUCCAGCAAGAAGUUGAAAAAGACAUAAACACACACACAUUCGAAAAACAACUUAAAAUAAAAAGACAAUUCCUGUAUUAUUACUUAUAAUAAUCGAAGCGAGUAAUGUUUAUUCUUCUCCAAUCAAACACAACAACAAUUCAUUAAUUAUUUAGUCGCAUCGCAUCAUUUAAUCAGAUCAGUUUAUUUUGUUUGUGUAUUUUUUUUUCAUAUUUUACACGUGUAGCCAGUUUAAACGAAAUGUAAAACGGACGUUAUUUACGCAUUACAUGAUAGUAGGUUUAAGGAAAUCGCGCGUCUGCCGCCGCGCGAUCUAGAGAGAGGUAGAGCAAACUACUUAGUCCUCUGUUUUUUUCCCAAUCCCCUUCCAAUUUAAGCUAAAAACAAGAAGACGAAAUCGAGUGCGAGUGAGAGAGAGAACCAAAAAGUUACUACUACUUACAAUAUUUUGUGUAAUCAAUGAUGAUUAAUAAGUCACAAAAUGUAGUAAGCCAAAAGCGAAGAAUAAGAAAAAUUGCUAGAAAAACCUUGAAAAAAAAACAAACAAACGUUGUAAAGAAAAAAAAAACCAAGUCCCAGAUCGAAUGGUCACUUCCCCGCGAAUUUGAUUGAAAUUAUUUUGCUUGCAUUAUUCGUAUACAACAUUAUUUAAUAACCGCGCGUUUGAAUAUUUAUUACCAGCUAAGUCAAUUAAUUUAUUCGAUUUAUUU